UUUUUAUUAUUCAGCGGAGACCGUUUUCACCAACAAGGGGAUGGCGGCUCACAUAAGCCAGAACCGACUCAAGGCCAAGGGCAUGGGCCAGCACCACAACGCCCAGAACUACAACAACCAGAGCUUUGAGGAGCUGCGAGCACUCUGCCUACGGAAGGGGCAGCUGUUCAAGGACCCCUUUUUCCCUGCUGAACCCAGCUCACUGGGCUUCAAGGAACUGGGCCCCAACUCCAAACACGUGCAGAACAUCAGCUGGCAGCGGCCCCGUCAAAUCACAAGCAAUCCUCAAUUCAUUGUGAAUGGGGUCAGCCCGACUGACAUCUGCCAGGGGGUGCUCGGGGACUGCUGGCUGCUGGCUGCCAUCGGCUCCCUUACGGUGUACCCCGAACUGCUGUACCGUGUGGUGCCCAGGGGGCAGAGCUUCAAGAAAAACUAUGCUGGUAUCUUCCAUUUUCAGAUUUGGCAAUUUGGGCAGUGGAUGGACGUGGUGGUGGAUGACCGGCUGCCCACAAAGAAUGGCAAGCUGGUGUUCGUGCAUUCAGCCGAGCGCACCGAGUUCUGGAGUGCCCUGCUGGAGAAGGCAUACGCCAAGCUGAACGGAUCCUAUGAAGCCCUGUCAGGGGGCAACACGGUGGAGGGCUUUGAGGACUUCACGGGGGGCGUGACCCAGAGCUUCCAACUCCGGAAGCCCCCUCCGAACCUGCUGAGGAUGCUUAGAAAGGCCAUAGAGCGAUCAUCCCUCAUGGGGUGCUCCAUCGAAAUCAACAGCCAAAGUGACUUGGAGUCAUUGACGGAAAGGAUGCUGGUGAAAGGACAUGCUUACUCAGUGACCGGCCUUCAGGAUGUCCUGUACCGCGGCAGGAUGGAAACACUGAUUCGGGUCCGGAAUCCCUGGGGCCGGAUUGAGUGGAAUGGAGCCUGGAGUGACAAUGCCAAGGAGUGGGAAGAGGUGGCCCCAGACGUCCAGAGGCAGCUGCUGCACAGGAAGGAGGACGGAGAGUUCUGGAUGUCCUACGGAGAUUUCCUGGACAACUUCACGCUCCUGGAAAUCUGCAACCUGAUACCCGACACGCUUUGUGGGGACUACAAGAGGUGUUGGCACACCACCUUCUACGAGGGCAGCUGGAGGAGGGGCAGCACUGCAGGGGGCUGCCGGAGCUACAUUGACACAUUCUGGACCAACCCACAGUUUAAGAUCUCUCUCCCCGAGGAGGAUGAUGCCCCAGAGGACGACGAAGCCGUCUGCACCUGCCUGGUGGCCCUGAUGCAGAAGAACUGGCGGCGGGCACGGCCCCAGGGAGCCCAGCUGCAGACCAUCGGCUUUGUCAUCUACUCCGUCCCAAAGGAGUUUCAGAACCUCCAGGACGUCCACUUGAAAAAGGACUUCUUCGUGAAGUAUCAGGACCUGGGCUUCUCAGAGAUCUUCACCAACUCACGGGAGGUCAGCAGCCACCUCCGGCUGCCUCCGGGGGAAUACAUCAUCAUUCCCUCCACCCUUGAGCCGCACAAGGAUGCUGACUUCCUGCUCAGGGUCUUCACGGAGAAGCACAGCGAGUCCUGGGAACUGGAUGAAGCCAACAUCGCUGAGCUUCUCCAAGAGGAGAACAUCUCUGAGAAUGACAUAGACCAGGACUUCAUACGUUUGUUUCACAUAGUGGCCGGUGGAGAGGACAAGGAGGUGGGCAUAUAUGAGCUACAGAAGCUGCUCAACAAGGUGUUCUCCGAAGUCAAAAACCUCAAAACCAAGGGUUUCAGCCUGGACGUGUGCCGCUGUAUGGUCAACCUCUUGGAUAAAGAUGGCUCUGGCAAACUGGGGCUUCAGGAGUUCCAGAUCCUGUGGAGAAAAAUCAAGAAAUGGACGGACAUCUUCCGAGAGUGUGACCAGGACCACUCAGGCACCUUGAACUCCUAUGAGAUGCGCUUGGCAAUUGAGAAAGCAGGCAUCAAACUGAAUAACAAGGUGACACAGGUGUUGGUGGCCAGGUAUGCAAAUGACGAAAUGAUCAUGGAUUUUGACAGCUUCAUCAGCUGUUUCCUGAGGCUGAAGGCCAUGUUCACGUACUUUCUAACCAUGGACCCUAACAAUACUGGCCAGAUUUGCUUGAACCUGAACCAGUGGCUGCAGAUAACCAUGUGGGGUUAGUCACUGCGGGAGCCUGGCUUCCUACCGCCAUCGGCCCCGCCCCCUGCCCCGCCCCGCCCCACUACCACCCCGCCGCCGGGUUCUGGCCUGGGGGCCGGGGUGCUCCUUGUGGCGCUCAACUCUGCGGUCUCUGCUGAUGGAACGGCCGAGAUGCCGUGCUUAUUCCAGCAGCAGGACCUCCAGGCCCACCCUCCCAGCGCAAAGUGUUUUUCCCCCACAGUCUCCCUCCCUCUCUGAGUACAUUUCACUAAAGAUUAAGUGACACUUCUGCGGUGUCCCCGGCUGGGGAGGCUGUCCACGUUUCCUACCCUACUCAACGCUGGCCUGUUUCAUGGCUCCUCCCUUCUCCCCCCCACUCAAGGGCAUUAUUAUAAUGAAUGUGUUCAUGCCACUGGCUUCUGUGUCUCUUGUGUUUCUAUGCCAGAAAAAGACUGGCAGGGGUGUAAGUCAUUUCCUCAGUACCAAAGAGGGGACACCCAAGAGCUCUCAGUUGGGGUGAUACCACCCCCUAUCCAGGGAGCAUUUGGAAAUGUGUGGUUGUCACAGAAGCUAGAGGGCGCUGUUGUCAUUUAUGGGCAGCGGCUGGGAUGCUAAAGGCAUAAGAGUCCCUGUCUGUGAACUGUACACAGCGCGGUACCCAGAGCAGCAUCCGACGGGAGGGCUGAGCCGCAGGACCUAGAACCGCCCCUCCCAUCUCCUUCCUCAAACUGGAGUCUCCAAAGGUGACACUGCUGGUCUAGCAAAAGUCAAAAAUCCUGCACCGGC